UUCCUCGAUCUCUCUCCACCAGGAUGCUUUUCAAUUCCCUGCUAAAGGGCACUUUACGAAUUCCUUUCUCGCGAUUUGCCUCCUCUUCUAAUGUAGCUCCUCUGAUAUUGUCUCCCCUCCAAUUGCGCGAGAUGUUGCACUCAAAAACUCUAGUCUCCGUGCUGGAUGCUUCUUGGUUUAUGCCCAACAGUCCUCGCAAUGCAAAGAGCGAAUUUAUUGCGAAGAGAAUACCAGGUUCUCAGUUUCUGGACUUAGAUGAAGUGGCCAGCUCCCAUCAGUUAGGCCUCAAACAUAUGAUGCCCACGGAACGCGUAUUCGCGGAUGCGUGUGAAAGAUUUGGAAUUGAACCUGCAUCUCAUGUUGUGAUAUACGACAGUCACGGCAUCUUUUCCUCACCUCGCGCCCUGUUCAUGUUCAGAUCGUUUGGCCAUACUAAUUCCAGUAUUGUCAAUGGUGGUUUGCCGCUCUGGGAAGACUUGGGUUUUCCUAUUGAAGAUGGGCCUGCUUCUGAACCGGAGCCAGCUGAAUAUCCAGCGCCAAUGCUUGAUGUGUCGACUAUUCGCAAUUAUGAACAAAUGGUUGCCAAUUCAGCCUUGGACCCGCAAUCGGUCGGUGCCGACGUUGUAUUAGACGCGCGUUCCCGGGGCAGGUUUACAGGUGCAGAUCCUGAGCCAAGGCCCGGUCUCGAGUCCGGACACAUACCUCGCUCAUUCUCGCUGCCGUUCAAUGUUUUCUUGGAACAGCAAAGCACGGCAUCGAAUCCGAUAUACACAACCCUGCGUCCCAUUCCGGAAAUCCGUCAAGCGUUAGUUGAUGCUGUUGGAGAAAAGCAGGUCGAAGCAAUUUUGAAAGGAGAUGCAUCUGUCGUGACCACUUGUGGUAGCGGGAUGACCGCCGCUGUACUCUGGUUAGGUUUGAAACUUUUGGGCGCCCACAAAGUUGGGCUAUACGACGAGUCCUGGACUGGUUAUGCAAUGCGCGGCUCGAGCAAAAUUGAGAAGACUGUUUAG